UGGAUUCGAUUUGAAUGUCCCCGUUUCAAACGGCGCAGAGCUCUGAUGGAGGGAGGCCUGUGUUCAAAAUCCCUUCUGAGAGUCUCCAAACUGGAUUAUAUUUACUGUGGCUGCCAGUUCAGAAACUAUCUACCAGCACUGGCUUUGUGGGCUUUUACUGCAAGAUGUGCACACAGAGGAUGCACGUUAACACACAGCUGAAGCAAAAGCAGCAACACAGCAUUAAUUUUAAAAUAAAUUUCGUACGCAGUCCGUGUAUGAAAGUGGCAGGAAAAGGAAGAAAGAAAAAUCACCUGAGGGAGAUUUAAAGUAGCUGCACGGCAACCAGAGCUCUUAGUUUGCAAGGUUUGCAGCUUUGAAUGUGAAUAUUUUAUCAGUGUAAGUCUCCAUUCAUUGUCUCCACUGAUUAAUGUUGCUCUGCUCAUAGCACCUCACUGGAACACGGUGAGUGAUGCAGACAUCCUACCAAAUAUAAAGCACUGUUUAUGUCACAGUAUAGAUUAUGUUCAUGUGCAGAUUCAUCCGGAUCAUGAUAAAGCAGCUCGAUUUGUUUCUGGUUCUUGAAGAUGUUUCACCUCUAAUCAAAGAGGCGUUCUCAGGUCUGUCAGGUGUUUAUUAUCACCUCCAGCUCACAUCAAACACGAGACACGCUCAUGUUUUAAAACUUGUUCAAUCAAUGAAUCCGACUUAUUUAUAUAGAACUUUUCGUACAAAUAAAAUAUAACACAAAGUGCUUUACAGAUGGAUAACGGAAGGAAUAAAAAUAACAUCAUGUUAGAAAUGAAGGACACUGAGGAAAUGCUGUUCUAAAAAACAACUCGUGCAAUGAGAAAACACCAGAUGAGAUCAAAUAAAAUAAAUAAAUAUCCACUAUUAAUCUGUAGAUAUGUACCAAGGGCAAAUAGAAGUCAAAAUUCAUAAAAUCUGUAAAAGAAAAUACUAAAUAAUAGACUAAAAUAUGUGAAUAAGGGAAUAAAUACAGAAAUCAUGAAUAAAAUUAGUUCUAAGAAGACUAUUCAAUAUGUAAAAUACAUCAAAUCCGUGAAAAGCCUGACUAUAACAGUAGGUCUUGAGUUUGCAUUUUUUUAAAAAUUUUAUUUAACCUAUAUUUAACUAAGAGAAAUCCUGUUGAGAUUAAGAACCUCGUUUUCAAGGGAGUCCUGGCCAAGAUGGGCAGCAAAUGCAAAACACAAUUAUAAAAUUACGCAGCUCAAACAUAAUUAAAAUACGAACAAAAACAAACAAGAAAAAUUACAUUUACAAUCAAGGUAUGAAAAACUAGUGCAAGUUGUGGAAACGGCCUCAAGAACUCGCGGUUUGGAUUUAAAAGCAGCCUAUGAAAUUAGAUCAGUUAAAGGCCUUGUUGCCCAGUUCAGUACGAACAUAUGGAACAAAAAGCAACAAAUGAUCUUGUGAACAGAGCGAGUGAAGAUGAGAACUUUUCGGUGCAGUUAACGAGUAAAUGCAGGUAGGCAGUCGUCCAAGUGUUGCUUUUAUAUGAAGUAUACCAAUGAUGGAUCCUUCUGGUGGCUAAAGCUGGCCAUCCCACCCGAGAGUAGAGCUCGCAGUGGUGCGUCAACACAUUACAGUUCAUAAUAAACUUCACAAACUGUGAAGGUGGUGAAACUGCCUGUGGAGGGACAUCAGGGCUGCAUCCUAUGUAGCUGGUAAGUGGUGCCUGGAAGAAUCUUUUCCCAGUUUUAACUCCUCUCUAAAAACCGUCUGUCUUGUCUGCUCAGAAUACGAAGUGCUGCCUUUAAAGGAGUUGACUGAUUUGUACUGUGUUGUCGCUCAGCUUGUGUUUGGGUGUUUUAAUCAACCAGUUUUUGUCUAAGUUGUCUCAAACACUCCAGCCACAUAUGACUGAAUGCUACACUGACUGAUAAUGAGGUGUGCUUUUUCUCCUAAAGCCCUUAAAAUCUGUUGCUCUGCCAGCUGGGCUUCCUUAAGUCACUAAAACGAUCAGGAUAAAACAUUGUAACAUCUUAUUUGCCUUUAGGGACUUCUGUCUGCCAGAAAGGCUUUCUGCAUGGCUGGUAUUUUGUGAAGGCCAUUCAUUUUUACAUAAACUUGAACUGAAAACUGAAAAAAACUUAAAAUGAUAAGUCACAUUGUUACAGAGUUUUGCAUCCGUAUGGACACAAACCUGCAAAUUCUUCAUGAUUUAAUUGCAUUUUUACCAGAAUCACUGUACUGUAAAAGUAUACUCUGACUCUGCAAUCAUACCUGCAGACAGAAAAAGACAGAAGGACGUGUGUGGGAAGAUGAAAGUAACAGGAGGCAACAAAGAGUGAACCGAGCGAGUGAUUUGCUGGGGUUGCCGAGCCGGCCAUGAAGGCGAACGGCGCUCCACUCAUCACCCCGAGGGCUCUCCACUGGAGCAUUAUGAAUGAUACAUCCAUCAGUCAUUCACCUCCUCCUCCCCUCUCUGUUCUUUACUCUCCAGUGCUUUUCCUAAUAGACUGUGAAGAAGAAGAGUCGUUUUGCGGUGAUACUCAUGCUUGAGAAGUCGAUAUUAAUUAAGAUACUGGUGUCUGCGUGUGCUCCGAUGAUGUUUAAGGGCAAAAUUGAUUUGCUUGGCUGAUAGAUAAUAAAAAAAACAAUGUGUGCGUGCAUUGUGAGGUCUCAUUGUGCUUGUUUUUUGGCGGUGACAACUUGAUUUUGGAGUUAAGAUUAAAGGCAGGAAUUGGUUCAUGAAAACUACGGUUAUGCUUUACGUUUAGGGAUCUGUUGAGUAAGAGAAAGCAUUGUAAGACAUAUUUAAAUAAGUAAUUAUGUCAGCAUGAGAUAUUGAUGUCAAGUCAUGAUGUUUAUGCAAAGUGCUGAGUUCAUGAAUUGGUAAUGUUUCACAUUUACUGAGAGAGAGAGAGAGAGCGCCCUAAAUCUGCAUUGCUUGAUUCACUUUAGUUUGCCAUGAAAGAUAAACUCUGCAAAUUGUUACACUUUUAACCCUAAAAUCAACAAUAUCAAUACAUUUCUUUACUGUCACAGUGAGCAGGUUUGAAUGUAUUAAUGUUGAGCCACAGUGAAAUAUGACAGUUACAGUUUUAGUAUGACGAUUUUCCACAAUAGAUAUUUUAAAAAGCUUUUAAUGUGCAGCAGAGUUGAAAAUUAGAUCGGUGGUUUACAGGCUUUUUGACUUCUGUUUUCCAAAAGCGGUGUGCAGUUGAGGUCUCAUCUGAGCUGUGUCACUAUAGUUCCCACAUGGUUUCAUUUCAGUAAACAUUUAAAAUUAAAGAUUAGAUUAAGACAUGCAAAAGCUGAGAACAGAACUUUGUUUUUCUUCUUUCCUCUCCCUUCAGAUUUAUCUGCCCUCCCUAUUUAUAAUAAAACUAUAGAAACUAGCUCCGCCUGCAGCAGCUACAACAUGCUGCUGACUCAUAGAUGCUUCACUAUUAAUAAUCUCAUGAUGUCAUAUAUGAUAAUGAAUCACAAAGGACGACCAUAAUUAUGUACUUUUACUUAAAUGGGGUUUUUCUUGCUGGGCCUGAUUGUAUUGGAUUGUUUUUACUUUGCUGUAUUGGUACUUUUACUUCAGUAAAUGAUUUGAAAACUUCAUCAGAAUAUAUUCACUGUUUGUACUUUGGCUGUCCUAUCCGCAUUUGUAAAUUUGCUGCUUUAUACCCCUAAAAAGAGGGACUGUGUACGAAAAUAGCUUUAGAGUCCAAAUAUAUUGGUGGCAAGUGUGCGGAGCCAAAUGUAAAAUCUAUUACCAUCUCAAUACUUAAGGCCACGCUCUGCUCAAUGCUUCCCUCAAGGUAUUUCUGGUCAAUAUGUGAAUUUAUAAAUAAAGUUUUUUGCAUUUCUGUUGAAGUUUGCCUUUCAGUAGUACAGCAGUGCUACAGAUAGGGAGUGUCUUCUGGCUCUAAUGACAGAUCGAGUCCAAAAUGUGCUAUUUCAGGGUUUUAAAUUCAAUGCAGUUGUUGUUUUUCAGUGGCUAAUCUUGUCUCAGAAAUCCUGUGGGAAGCUGAUCAAAUUAUUAAGUAUCACAUUAAGCUAAAGUUGCACAAUGGAAUAAAAUAUGCGUGUGUGGGUGUGUUUUACUUACACAGAUAUAGAUGCACACAAUUGCAGGAAAAGAACAAUGAGAAAAAUGCCAAUCACCAUGGAAACAGAAAGAAAUAAUUGCCCAUUUCCCUCUUCUCUCGUCUAAUCUCUCUUGUGGAUAACACAGUCCUUCUAUGUCCUUCCUUUUAUCUGUCUGUCAUUUGUGCCCAUCGACUGUCUUCUGUUCAGAUUCAGUAAUUGAGUCUUUACACAGCUAGCAAAUGUUGGAAUGCUAUAAGGUGAUUAGCUCUUCCCUCACUGACUUCUGGGGAAACUUUGAGGUCUAAGUGCCAUGAUAAACAGUGUGAGAAUUGCAUUGUGAAGUCCAGAUGGGCUGCAGUUUUAGCACCUCAUUUGUGAUGUUAUCAGGGGCCUCAUGCCUCAUUUACUCUGGAGAUUGGAUUCUUUCAGCCACUUCAGUAAUUAGAUAUUUUAGUGGCUUUGGGGAGUUUCUGAAAACUGAUCCAAACACUCACAUUAGUUUUGAUUGUUAUCCGGUUUCUUUUUUAAGUGCAAAACCUGCCUGAGGUUAAUAACAUAAUACUUGCAAAUAAUAUUAAGUCCUUCUGAUGCUCAGUGAAAUUGCUGGUACUUCUGUGCUGCUCUGUUCUUGGUGGAUUCUGAUGCUGUUGGGCAGAUUUCCGUGUUGGAACAUUGUCAUAUGCAGUCACUAAUUAUAUUAGUGUUGUUCUAAAGAGAAAGUGAACUGUAGAAAUGCAUUGUUGUAGCUAAUGAUGUGAGUUUAACUCUGAUAAAGGUGGAUAACUUUGUGUGACCUUGAGCUUCUUAAGACAUGGCAUAGUGUGCCGAUGUUGUGGAAACUACCCUUAAAUGUUUGAGAGGUGAGUUUGAGAGCACUUAACACUCAGUUGUGAUCAUCAUGCGGCAUGUAGAGAUGAAUACUGGUUGGUUAUUCUCUGGAUGAUAUUCAGAGUGCCUUGCUUAUCAAUCCAAUAGCUUACAGUUUACAAAGCUUAAUGGUUUUAGCCCAUUGUUUUAUUGAGCUGCUCCUCUUUUGCCUCAAGUUGUUCUUUUGUAAAUCAUCUUCAUCACUUGCUUGGAGUAAUUAUUAUUUGUUUAGAUGCACACAGGAGUUAAAGAGGAAUUAGGGGCUUGUAGCUAUGAAUGAACAAAAGUUUUCAGAUACAUGUAAGACAGUGUAUAUCUUGGUAGUCUUGAGGUUCCAAUAACUCCUAUUAUUCCUAAUUUUCUACAAAAGGCUCAUUGAAACCUAUACAUGUUGUCACAAAAACAAUCUGCGUUUAGUUCUUUCAAAGAUUUAUCAUAGGUCUUCUGGAAAUAUGACGAAACCUGCUGGGUUGAAAAAAUAUACAUGAAACAUUUUGAAUUAUCAGCUUUAAUGGUCAAGAGUCAACCAAAUAUUAGCUCUGCUAUUAGAACCUACUGCUGUCAGUGUCUACAGUGUUUAAAUCACCAUGCCAUGCAAGAAGAAAGCUCUUCCUCUGGAAGUGGUUAGUUGAACUGCACGUUCUGUCAAAUGAGUGGUCACAGAUAUAACCAGAAGCUUGUGGACGGCUACUGAAAGCACCUAGAUGAGGUGAAAAUGGUCAAAGGACAUUUAACCCAAAAAUAACAUUGCUGUAUGUAUAUUUUUGACCCAGCAGAUUUUGUCAUAUUUCCAGAAGACUUCUAAUAAAUCUAUAAAAGAACCAAAAUGCUAACUCUCAUUAUCUCAUUGUCAAAUUUUCGUUUUUUUUGCGGCCACAAAUCCAGGACAAGGAGGGAGAUUUGCACAGAAAGACAGAUCUGGACUUAACAGAAACUUCAAAAUGCCGGAUUACUGACUUGCAUUUCAAAGGUUCCAGUUGUAGAAGUCAUUGGAACCUUAAGACUGCCAUGAUAGUUUUAUUCAUGGCUGUAGUUUAUUGCAAGAUUUAUGGCACGUACGUUGACUUUCUGUCCAUCUGCAGCAUCACACACAUACAAUUUUACACAUCAGAGUGCUGCGUAGUUCCUUGUGUUGACUUACAAGAUGACAAAUAACAAAAAGUUAGAUUUUUCAUCUGAGCAAAGUCUUCAUGUGGAAUCAGGUCACUGGGUUAGUAUGCAGUUACUGUACAACACCUCAGUAAGACAUUGGUGUGCUUCACUGUAUGCCUCCACCCUCGGCUUGUGUUGUGUUUAUGCAGAAAGCGACCUUUAGCCUGCGUUAGCUUGAAGUGGAAGGGAUGCAAACAGUUGUGCAGCUGCAUGUGUGCGUGUUUAUCUUUUUCAGAAAACCAACACAUUUUCAGGUCAAAGCCGACACUCCCCUGCAUCCCUGUUUCUUGUUACAGACCACUGUGGUGUGUAUCCACCCGUAGCUCCUUUCCCGAACUGUGAUUGAUGAAACGGGCCAUGCAGCAGAGAGAGGCAGAGGGAGGCGGAUGUAUUUAUCGAAGCAAAUAAAAGAUGGAUAGAGCGAGGGAGACAGAGGAAGCUGGGGAGAGGGAUGAGCUGUCAGGGGCUCUUGAAUGGCACAACACCUGCAAAAACAAGGCUCUUGAAUCGCUGCUUCUGUGCCUCAGGUGGAGUGGAAAGAUGCUCUUUUGAUGCUAUCUGACAUGCUGUUAUUACCUCCACUUGUGCUAAUGGAAGUGCAUCGACGGCCACACUUGUACACAGACAAAUACAUUACUUCUUAUGCACAUACUUCUUAAGUGGAAAGGAAAUCCGCGCAUUUUUCUGUCAUUCAGGCCAAUGUGUGCCUUGUGUGCCACUAGAAAACUGAAAAAGGUCGACCACAAGAGAUGGAUUCACAGGUAUGUGUGCACAUAAACAUCUACACACACUUUUCUGCUCUCUGAGUGCUAUGAACUGUUCUAAAAGUGGAAACAAAAUAGAGGGAAACAAGACCUUUGAUGGCAGUCGCAGCAUGGGAAUCUGAAGUCAACAGAAAGUCAAAAGUAAAGUAAGUGGUUGUCAGAAGUUAGAAUCUGGUGUCAAUAGGGUUUCCUCUCCAACAAUAGUUUUCUCAGAUAAAGCAGAGCAGCAAGCAUAUCCGGAUUAUAUAUUGCACGUUUUGGAAAAACUGGAGAUAACACAAUGCCCACUAAUGGCUUCACAAUUGAAGGAAAGACAAACAUUCAUGCGCAGGGUGCAAUAAAAAGUGGAUGAGUAGCUUAAAUGGACAAACAAUAAGUGAAGAGAUGCCAUAGUGGGGCUGACGGAGGACGGGGGAAGGAGAGGACAGAGGAACAUGGUGAUUGUGAAAUGUGAAAACAGCAGGAGAGACGGAUGGACCAAUCUUCCUCUACUUGACCAGGGCCCAUGGUGUCGGACUUUGUUCUAUUCUGGCACAGCCGGUCAGAAGCUGAGUGAAUACAUCACAAGGCAGUUUAUAAGUUACCCCCUUUAACCUCACCGGAGAGGACAGAGAAGGGAUGAACCAGAAGGAAGGGGGGAAAGAAGCAACAGAAGGACAAACGUAGGAGUGAACAGAACAAAAAGGAGCCGCAAAUUAAAGAAGAACUUUGAGAUUUUCAGGCAUUGUUUCAACAACAGCUGCAGGGAUGUGGAUGGAAACCAAAGCAGAGGUGGAGGAGGCCAGGAGGAGUCGAGCCAGCUCCAGACGUCGUGUGUUGAACAGUUUGCUGUUGUGUACCGGAGACAUGGAGCACUUGGAUAAGUACAUGCAGGACAAGUGGUUUGUGCUGCAGCUGGCCGUGUGGGGCCUCAGAGGGGUGACCAGGGUGAUCCUAGCCAACAACCCGCUGAGUGGGGCUCUCAUCCUGGCUGCGCUGUACUGGGCUUCCCCCUGGCAGGGCCUGCUCGGAACUGUGGGUGUACUGGCCUCGACACUGACAGCUGUCAUCAUGGGGCAGGACAGUGCCAAGGUGACAGGAGGCCUUCAUGGUUUUAACGGCAUGCUGGUGUCUCUGCUGAUGGGAGUGUUUAGCUCGGCUGGAGACUGGUACUGGUGGCUGCUGUUUCCUGUCCUUCUCGGCUCAGCUACAUGUGUCUUUCUGUUCAGUGGGCUCUCCUCACUGUUGGACCGCUGGGACCUGCCUGCCGCUGUGUUUCCCUUCAACAUCAUCAUCGUCCUCUACCUCCUCUGUACUGGCCCAAACAACCCCUACUUCCCACACCACCCAGCUACACCACCAGGGGCGCUGGAGCCCAACGGCACAGAGAUUGUUGUUUUACAGGUGAUUCGUGGCAUCCCUCUCGGCGUGGGUCAGAUCUUCGCCUGUGGAGCCCUCGGGCCCUCCCUCCUCAUCCUGGCAGCCGUUCUGCUCUACUCCCCCCUGCUGGCCGUCCACGCUGUGCUGGGAUCAGCUGUGGGAACGUUGGCUGGUUUAUCCAUGGCAGUGCGUCAUGGGUCUCUGUACUCGGGUCUGUCGGGGUUUAAUGGAGCUCUGGGCUGCAUGAAUGUCGGAGGACUCUUCUUCACCUUCAGCUGGAGGACUCACCUCUUAGCCAUUGCCAGCGCCUUCCUCUCUGCAUACGCUGAUAUCGCUCUAAGCAAUCUGAUGGGAACGGUGGGUCUCCCAGUAUGCAGUUGGGCAGCAACUCUGACGGCCACGCUGAUGUUCCUGUUGACCGGCAGCUUAGCAGCGUACCGCAUCCCUACCGGUCAAGUGAUGGCGCCAGAACGCAACCUGCGCUCCCGCAGCCAAUGGGAAGCCGGAAACACCACAGACAGGGAGAGCACAGAUGUAUAGUGUGAGGACAUAGAGUACUGCAUCAGUACUGUAACUACUGAUUUAAGUGGAGUAGACCAAACAUAUACAGUUAAGACUAAAUUAUUCAUACCAAAUGAUGAUUUACAGUGAAUUUUUAUUUGAUGAAUAUGUUUCUGACAUAAACACGCGACAAAGGCUAAUAAGAUAUUGUCCAAGAGGUGGUAAUGAUGCUUCAGGUCACAUUUUUUCCUGCAGACUGCCUGAUGUUUUCUUCCUAAAUCUUAAUUUAGUCGUCUUUUUCUCAUCAUGAUGUUGUUUACCUCCUAUCAGUUACCAGCCUGUUGAUGCCCCUGGACCACUGGGGCUGAACCCUCCCUGGGUCGCCCCCAGCACUCAGCCUCCUCUUGUCCCACGUCCGUUAUCCCUCUUGCAGCCCCCUCUCUCGAAGGAAGACUUUUGAGAGGACAAAGUCAUAUUUAAGCUGGAUGAAUUUACUAAAGGCUUCCACAAAGAGCUUACAAAGUAUAGAAAUGCACCAAAGAGACGAAGACCAUGUUACUCCAGGUCUUGGUCAUACAGUCGCUCUCCUUUCAGCCGUUCUCCUUUCUCUUGAUCAAGGUCAAGAUCUAGAUCACGAUCAAGAUCCAGGGCUUACUUUUCGAGGUUGGAGAUUAUCUGGCCCAUCGCAUGAAAAACACGUCCAAAGCAUCACAUUCCCACCAUGACGGUUAACUGUGACGAUGAUGUUCUUGGGAUUGAAUGCUUUUCCUUUGUUUCUCUGUGUCCAAACAACUUCAUUUUCACCUCAUCUGACCACGGAAUUUAAGACCAAAAUCUUUCUUUGUCCAAGUGAGCUUUUGUGUGCGGUCUUAAAGAAAUGGAGUCAGAAUAGUUGCCAGAUUUGUUCAGAUUUAUCAGGAUGGUCUUGGUGGUGAUCUUUGGAUUAUUCUGGAUGCCUUGCGCUACUAUUCUUCCCAGUGGAGGUGUCACAUCUGCAUCAUACCAUGACCUUGGAGGUUAUAUUUUCAUAAUAUGAAAAUCCUUGUACUAUUUGAUUACACUUUGCGCCACAGCCACUGGAACUUGAAACCGCUUCAUUAUGACUGUAUAGCAUCUCUUCAUCUAGUCAUCAGCCUAAAUUUCCACUAAAAUCUUUUUUAGCCAGAACUUGCAGUUGAGUAACAACGUAACUAGUAAAUAGUGCAUUAGAAUGCUUAAGAACAUGGUAGGAAAUACCAGGACUAUUUGUAAUAGUAUAGAAGGUGCAAUCUCUUAGAGAUCUGUAACUAUUUAAAGAGGUAUAAAUUAUUAUAUGGUAUUUUGAGGUUCAUCUUCAAAAUCUCUAACGCAGUACCUUAGUCACAUCUUCAUGCCAAAAAUAAACCUAUGGUCAAAUAAGAAUUCACUAUAAAUCCGAAUUUUGCUUUGAUAUGAAUCUUUGGCCUUAACUUUACCUUUUUUAUUAUCAAUAGUUACAUAUAUUUUAUAGAUAAAACACUCUUUUUUGACCAUAUUGUCGCUAUUAACUGUUAAAAGGUUUAAGGGAGACCUCACAUCAUAUUAACCCUCCUGUUGUCUUCAUUUACGGGCACCAAAAAAUACUGUUUUGUCUGAAAAAAUCCAAAAAUUCUCUAAAAAAAUUCCCCAAAUUUCUGAAAAUUUGCAAAACCUUCAGGAAGAAAAUUCCAAUAAUUCCUUAAAAGUUUCCCUUUAAAGUUUAAUUUUUAAAAAAAAAAAAUCCACCAAAUGUGGGAAGAAAAUUCUUGUAAAUAUUUUCAAAAAAUGAGUAAAAAUCUUACAAAAAUAUAUAUAUAAAGUGAUUACAUAUAUAUCAGUAAAACUUCAACUAUUUUUUAAGAACAUUCACAAAAAAAUCAACCAAAAUCCAGCAAAAUUCGCUGGUUGAUUUUUUUUUUUAAAUGUUCAUAAGAAACAUUUUUAUCAUUUAUUUUUUUCCACCAAAAAAUGUUCAAAGAUUUCCCAAAAAUGUUGAAAAAGUGGACAUCAGAAUUUUUACCGUGAAAAAUAUAUUUUUCCCACAUUUUCAAACUUUAAAACGGGUCAACUUUGACCCCACAGGAUGACACGAGGGUUAACACAUCCACCUCAUAUCCUCCAUGAAAUGUUUAAAACUUUUAUACGAGCCUUUCCCACGCUGUAUCAGUUUUUCUCACAUAAAUUAGAAGUGAUUAUGUGACAAAUGCUAUCCAAAAAGCACAGGCAACUUAAAGGGAAAGAAAACUUCUUUUAAUAAGCAUGAAAAUCAACAAGUCAGUUCAAUAAAAUCAUUGUUUUUAAAAUGAUGUUUUGUUUUUUUAAAUGACACUUUUACUGUCAAUAAAAACACAGACUGAAUUCUACAGUAA